AUGCCUCCUCCUACCGGCGGUCGGUCUUUUAGAGGAAGAGGUAGUGGUCGUGGUCGAGGUGCCGGUCGAGGUCGAGGUCGUGGUCGUGGCCGUGGUGGAUCUGGACGAAAUGGAUUUUCUUCGUCACGAUUACACGACAUGGAGGAAGAAUCAUCUGGAGAUGAUGAGAUCAGCUCACAGGCUAGCGAAGAUAUGGGCGACGACACAAUGGUGGACGACGAAGCUUCCAGUAGCGACGAGGAAGAGCAACAUACAGAGCGCCCAUAUAAUGAAUUACUUCAAUUGCUUCAUGCCGAUUCGGACUCUAAAGGCCCCGCACCGAAGAGAAGAAAACUUGCCAACAACGCAAAUACGAAGGAUGUUCCUGUGGCUGCUGAGGAAAAAGAGUCUGAACAUGGAGAUGACCUAGAAGCUCAGGCUCCGUCUGACGACGAAGAAGAUGUCCAAGAAUUAGAGGAUGACGAUGAAACUACCGGUCCAUUUGAGAAGCACUUCAAUCCUCCGGAAGGACCAGAUUUCACAAAGAGGGUUGAGCAAUCUAGCUCCAACAAAUGGAGCUUAGCAAAGAAGGAAGUGGAUGGACUGCGACUGGUACAAAGUACUCCCGAUGUGGGAGAAGCUGCAUAUUUGCUGCCACCCAUGAAGAGCACUGCAAAUCUCAAGCUCAAAAACAAAUUGAAGCCUCGUGUCGCAGAGCUCCUUCCCGACAUCACUGGUCCUGCCCAACAUAUAGCCCCAUAUGUAUUCGACUACCAAGACGUUCUAUUCGGCUCACGAGAUACUUCUCACGCAGAGACUAUACGCGAUAUCAUGGCCCUUCACACGGUUAAUCAUCUCAUCAAGACCCGUGAUCAGGUUCUGAAAAAUAGCGCUCGUCUCGCAAAGGACCCUGAUACAGAUAUCGAUUGCCGCGAUCAAGGAUUCACACGCCCCAAAGUUCUUUACAUCUUGCCGACUCGGCAAGCUUGUGUCCGGGUGGUCAAUGCGAUUACGCGAUUUUAUCAAGUCGAACAGCAGGAGAAUAAAAAGCGCUUCAUGGACACAUUCUCGGCGCCAGAAGGCGAGGGAUGGGAGAAUAAGACCGAAGAUGCGCGCGAACUUUUCGGUGGUAACAAUGAUGACAUGUUUCGGUUGGGUCUCAAGUUCACCCGCAAAACUGUGAAGUAUUUUGCGCAAUUCUACAGCUCGGAUGUCAUCCUGGCCAGUCCUCUUGGACUGCGGACAAUUAUGGAUCAAUCCGAUGCAAAGAAGCGUGACCAUGACUUCUUGUCGUCCAUUGAGCUCGUUAUUGUCGACCAUGCCGACGCUCUUCUCAUGCAGAACUGGGAUCAUAUCUCAUAUAUCUUCCAGCACCUCAACUUGCAGCCAAAAGAAGCUCACGGUUGUGACUUUAGUCGAGUGCGCAACUGGUACCUCGAAAACCAGGCCCCACACGUGCGCCAAACCGUCGUACUAUCAUCCUUCAUCACGCCUGAGAUCAACUCGUUGUACUCAACGCAUAUGCAAAAUGCUUUCGGUCGAGUCAAAAUCACGCCGACCUAUGCGGGCGCUAUCACCGAGCUGCCUCUUCCCGUAUCUGUGAAGCAGACUUUCUCCCGUGUCGACAGCUUAUCGCCUUCCAAGGACCCAGAUGCGCGAUUCAAGCACUUCACCACGACUAUCUUGUCGACCCUCGUGAAAAACAUCGAGGGACGCGGCAAGGGCGGUGCUGGAACGCUAAUCUUCAUUCCAUCAUACCUAGAUUUUGUGCGCCUGCGCAAUCACUUCGCCACUUCGGCGCAAACAUCGAACAUUUCAUUCGGUGCGAUCUCCGAAUACACUGAGCCCCGUGAUAUGGCACGUGCUCGCAGUCAUUUUAUGUCUGGCCGCCACUCGGUGCUCCUCUACACAGAGCGUGCGCACCAUUUCCGCCGGUAUCAGAUUCGUGGUGUGAAGCGUGUCGUCAUGUAUUCUCUUCCCGAGAAUCCGAUCUUUUAUCAAGAGAUUGUUGGAUUCCUAGGCCUUGAUCCUGCUGCUGUGGUAGAGGCUGCAGAGGGUGGUGUGCGUGCCCUGUUCUCCAAGUGGGAUGCGCUCAAAUUGGAACGUGUUGUGGGAACGCAGCGUGUGGGUAAUAUGUUGCGCGAAAAGGGAGGUGAUACUUUUACAUUUGUAUAA